GCCCCCCCCCCCCCCCGGUGGCCCAUGUGCCCUCCGGGCUGCAGCUUCCCCUUUCCGGAUCAGCUGCGGCCCGGGGGCGCCCAGCACCAUGGCCUCGGGGCUGCGGUACCCGGGCAAGGUUGCCAUAGUGACCGGGGGUAGCCGGGGCAUCGGGGAAGCCAUCGUCAGGGAGUUCGUUCGGCAGGGGGCUCAUGUGGUCUUCUGCGCCCCCGAAGCUGAAGGGGCCUCGGGGCGGGCACUGGAACAGGCGCUGCGGGAAUCGGGGGGCCCUGGAGAGCCCCAUUUCCAGCCCUGUGACAUCACCAGUGAACAGGACAUCCAGACACUGAUCACGGUGACCUGGCAGCGUUAUGGACGCAUCGACUGCCUGGUGAACAAUGCCGGACGCCAUCCCCCCGAAGAGCAAAUCGACGACAUCACCUCCCAGCAUUUCCGGGAACUUCUUGAGGUCAACCUGGUCGGCUACUUCCUGACAGCAAAGUUUGCCCUGCCCUAUCUACGGGAGACCCAGGGCAACAUUAUCAACAUCUCCAGUCUCGUGGGCAUCAUUGGACAGAGGCAGGCUGUUCCCUAUGUCGCCACCAAGGGCGCAGUGACGGCGAUGACGAAGGCCAUGGCGGUGGAUGAGAGCAGAUACGGUGUGCGAGUUAACAGUAUCUCUCCUGGGAACAUCUGGACCCCCAUGUGGGAGGAGACAGCCAGGCAGACGGCCAAUCCGGAGGCCACAAUCCAGGCUGGGAAGGAUGCCCAGCUGCUGGGCCGGAUGGGCACGGUGGAGGAGUGCGCUCUGGCUGUGAUGUACCUGGCUGCCGACGGCACCUUCUGCACCGGGAUCGACCUGCUGCUGAGCGGUGGGGCCGAACUGGCCUAUGGCCCCAAGAGCCGGCUGGGCCCCAGCUAGGGGGCAGGGGGAGCCAGGACUCCUGGGUUCUCUCCCAGGCGCUGGCCCUGAGCUUGCCUGUGGGCAUUGAGCCUCCGAGGCGGAAAACGCUGCAGGUCAGGGGGAGAACCCAGGAGUCCGGGCUCGCAGCCCCACCCCCGCAACCACUAGCCCCCACUCCACUCCCAGAGCUGGGGAGAGAACCCAAGAGUCCUGGCUCCCAGCCCCCUCCCUCUGCGCCCACUAGCCCCCACUCUCCUCCCAAACCUGGGGAGAGAACCCAGGAGUCCUGGC